AUGGCAGUGGUCACCUGCGCUAGGUCUGUGCCUUUGCUAUAUAAUGAUUUGAAGACGAAGAAGAAGCUCUCGAAGUUACGUGACACCGGCCUUAAGAGGGACAAAUCAGUUCACGGAGAAACGGCUCCUCCCCGAGUUCCCCCCUCGAAGUUCAGUAUGUGGCCUGUUGGGCCCGCUAAAUCGAUGAUCACCUCCAAAGCGACCAUGCUGGUACGAGGCUCAGCAUCGGUGAAGACGUCAAAGCGGCCGUCUCGAGAAUACGAGUGGAUUUGCGCAGCUAAAAGGCGCCUCUUUGUAUCAACACCUGGAGGGUAA